UGACUCGACUCUGCCAGAUUUAAACCACAGAAGAAGAAGGUUCCCUCCUGGUUAAAGGAAGAGUUCAGCCUGCAGACUUCAGCUGUAUGUGCUUCGUGGAUUCAUUUAAUCAACUUAAACACACCGCUGGUGCAGAGUUGAUGCAACCUUCACUUCAUUCAUUCCACCUCUGCCGCCCCUCGUGCUGAGUGUGUGUAUGUGUGUGUGUGUAGAUUGUCUCUGUGUCUAUGUAAGUGUGGAUGUGUGUCACCCUCCCUCUGCCUGCCAUGUCCCUGUUUCCCUCCACGGUCCAGCUGAGUCCACAGGUGUGUCUUCACCUCCUCUACCUGCUCCUUUUCCUCACUGUCUCUUCCUCCACAUCAACUCAAAGGAAGGACCCAGAUCCAGGUGACCUGUCGCCCCUCCUCACCCCCACCCCAGGUGAUGAUAUUCCUGGCAGUUCCUUAGGGGCCAGGUCCCCUGUGGUGGCCAUACCACCACCACAGAGCAAUUCAAACUCAGUAGGCCACGAUUCAGAUGGUUCUUCAGCAGCCUUAACUCCAGUCCACAAACCAGCAGGAGAAAAUCGUUCAUCCACAACCACAGCAACUAGUCAACAGCCGACAACCCUGAAACCUGAGCUUCCACCUCCAGAGAACCACACUCAGCCUGCUGCACAGGUUCCUACAACCAUAGUGGGAUCUCCUGCAAGGGCUGCUCACAAUGGAUCCAGCACCACAACAAAGACUGCAACAACAUCAACACCACCUCCAACAAUAAACAAACUGACAUCAUCUCCCCCCUCUCCAACCACAAAAGCAGCAGCAACAACAGCAACAACAAAAACAACAACAACAACAACAACAACAACGUCAUCACCACCUAAAACUACGAAAACAACAACUACACAGUUACCACAAAAUGCAACAACAAAAACUACGACAUCAUUAACAACAUCAACAAAAGUAUCACCUCCUGCAACCACGGCAUCUUCACCACCAACAACCACUUCUGCAACCAUCACAACAACUUUACCAACAACCACAACGACAACGACAACAACAACAACAACAACAACAACAACAACAACAACAGCAGCAACCAAAGUAAUACAAACCUCUGCAGCAACACCAACAACCACGCCUGUAAAGAUGUCUCCCCCAUCAUCAUCAGCUACCAAAUCCACAAGGACACCACUAAUCCAGACACCCCCCAGACCCACCACCAUCUCACCAACCAAGCAGGAGCAGGUUACGAGGGGAACUCAGCACGUCGCCGUAGUAGAAGUUGCUGGAUCUGCUCUGACCCAGCAGCUGGUGGAUACAUCGUCUCUCCUAGCCGUCCUGCUCUUUGGUCUUCUCUUCUUCUUGGUGACGGUGGGGGUGUUCGUCACGCAGGCCUACGAGAGCUACAGGAGGAAGGACUACACGCAGGUGGACUACCUGAUCAACGGCAUGUACUCCGACUCUGGAGUGUGAGGAAGGGAGCACAGUACGUGGAGUUUGAUUUGGUCCUUGGUUUCAGAGGCCGUGGAAUGGUAGAUGGACUAGAUGGUGUCACAGCGUUGAUGCGGUGCCUCUGACUGGUCAGUUUGGUCCAUUCUUACUCCUCCUUGAACUUACCAACAGCUCACUGAACUAUUUCUAACUCUGAUACUUUGCUCUUUUCAGCUUAUUUGUUUAAAAGUUUGAAUGUGAAGAUUUUAGCUCAUCCCAUUCAUGAAAAAAAAGAAAAGCUACAACAAGAGAGGUUACCUGGGUACAAAAGACCUUUGAUUUUGGUUCAGGGUGGUUGGACUAAUCAGGAUUCUUCCAAGAGGAUAGAAAGCUCAACCACCAAGUCUCCUUUUGAAUGUAGUCUCACUUAAGUCCAGAGUUUAUUCAGGGCCAGGGUGGUCACUUAAGAGGAAAAACCCAAAAUAUAAUUAGAAUGUGAGGACGCAGCUAAUGAAGAGUGUAAUCAUAGACUGUAUUUAAGAAGUUGAAGUAGCUCUGUGAAACCAUGGACCAUUGUCAUGAAAGUACGUCGCCAUCUUUAGUUUUUGGAGCUUGACCAUAGAAGAACGAGAGGAUGGAGCUGGAGAGGAGUGAGGGAUUGGCAGAUACAAAAUCUUUAACUGCAUACAUUCAUCGUAGCUAUCGUACUGAUUUGGAUGCUAACGUUGGCUACCUUAAAAAAGCUUCAAACAUAAAAUACCUAAUGAAAUAAUUAAGAGCCAACUUCAGAGGAACUAACAAACGUUGAAGAAAACAUUUUUCAGGUUGAUCCGUCAAUCCCAGUUGUCCCCUGUCUGACUCCUCCCCUGCUUCCUGCUCUGUGUGACUCUAAAUGGGACCAUCAUUUACUAAAUUAACAUCAUGCUGUAUUGAAGGCACUUGCAACUAGAGAUCUAGACCAUAAGCUCAUGAGGAAAAUGUUUACUGAGAGAAUAAAUCAGCUAAGGAGGAGGACCCUUUACUUACAGACUGCUAUACAGUUUGUAAUCAAUGGAGUCGCCCCUUGCUGGACGUUAACGAGGAUGCAGGUUUAGGGAGCUUUGGAUUGUUUUCCCUUUUUAAACCAAGAGGCUACAUCCACUUCUUACACACACUCUAUGAGGUAAACACACUAUUUUUGAAACGACCAAAGUAUAAUUGUGAAUUAUGUGUCCGACAUUUCAUUUUCUCAACGUGAACCGACUGAAAAGAUCAAAACAGCAUAAAGAUUUUCUCACCAGCUGAGACCAGAAAGACCAGGGAGUGGACUGAAGAGGUAGAGCUGUUGAGUUUCAUCAUCUUUAACUCGCCACGCUGAAAUAAACCAAGAUGUGCAUCAUGAAACAUUCACUCAUGGAAACCAGCACAAUGGCAGAGCAUUCAUCUCUUAAAGCUGCUUCAGCUCAUAAAAAUUUAAUUCAGAAGUUUACAAAUCAACAAAUUGAGACAAUAAUUCAUUAUAUAAUGAAAAAAUAAGAAGAGAUGUAUCUUUGGUAAAUAAUGUAUUGAAGUUUUAUCAGUACUUCGGUGCAUGUUUUUCCAAUGUGGGCAAAGAUUACAUUUUUUUUUGCUACUAAAGCAGGAAAUCAAUGUCUAGGGUGAUUUUGAAAGGGUGUCAUUACAAAGUUUGUCCAGACGAGUGCGCUCCAGCUCCACAGUUCCUUCAUGGAUACUGUUUAUUAGAUGUCUUUGUUCAAGAAAGCAGACAUAUUAGUACUUUUGUUGAGUUAAAAAAGUUAAAAUCAGUGUAUCAUCCUAAAAAAAAAAGCCAUAUUUUUCCAGCUCAAAACUUCAAUAUCCACGUUGAGAUUUGUGAUUUAUUCCCCCGCUAAAAUCUGUGAGAUCUGCCGCAAAAUUCCGUCUGGAUCUGACCAUAAAAUACAAGAUAUUAUGAUAUAUUCAUUUUAAUAUUACUCUAAAGGUGAUAAAUUGUCAGCCGGAGAGUUCUGAACAGCACAGAGAGCUGGAUGUGAACCCGCCUCUGUUAAAUCCUAACUAAAUGUCCAUGUGGAAAAAUGUCACAUGAGUCCAGAGAAUUAUAAAGAUAUAUCCCUGAAACAUUUCACUCAGGAGCUCCUGCCAGCUGAAUACAGUAGAAGAAGAAGCGUUUCCAUCACUCUGCUGUAAGUUUCCCCAGAUGUGGCCCGCUGUGUUGUGUGAGGGCCAGAGUCCACACACACACUGUGGUAUACAGAGCACACACACACUGUGGUGUCUGCUUCAGUCAGUGAGGGAGGGAGACCACCUUGUCAUCUCACAGUCUUGAGUGAACUACUUUUUUUUUUCUGCCAUGUACACAUCCUGGUUUGUUGUGUGAUGAAGUUAAAGGUCAGAUGUUUAAGACAGGCUGACCCUGUUCAGUUCACACCGAGUAGAAAACAUCAGGCAGAGUAACAUGCCGCUCUCAAUGACCACCCUGAGUCUGCAGUCUCACCCACAAAACAGAAAGUCUGGAAAUGACUCUGUAUCAUAUUUCCUCUGAUGCAUUCUUCAUAAAACCGUCAAGUGUAUCCUGACAUGGUGAGGACUGCGGUAAAAACAAAUGAACCUUUGUACACCGUGUGAAAUAUCACUAAGGGUGUUUGCGUGUGGACUUAUUGUUUGUUUUUUUUAAAAUGUCUUAUCAUUUCAUAGCUUUAAAGACACACUCAGACAUUUUGAGUAGUUUGAUUUCUUACAGUAACAUAAAUAUGUCUGCAAGGAGAAGCAAUACAAGCCUGAUACACAUCCAGCGUCAUGUAGAAAUGCAGCCAGCUCAACAUCAAGAGCUUGUUUAUGAAGAAAGAAGUGCUGAGAUUUAGGGUAGGGUCAACUGAGCUUGAACUAAACUUAAAGCUCCGUAUAGAGUUUCUUACUGGUUAGGGAACAGACUGAAAUAAAUCCUGAUGUCUCUGCAAGCUACAAAAGCAAACACAUUGAUGCUUUCUAAAUUAUUAUUAACCCUUAAAACAGAUGUCAGACUCAGAGAUGAAUGGGCACACUGCAGUGACAGACUUUGUGUAAAGAUCCACAGUGAGUGACACAUCUGUUAGAGACAACAGGAGGAGACACCACUCACAAGAACAGGGAGCAGCAAAGACGAAACGGUCAAUCUAACCCUUUGUCCACAAGGGGGUGCCAUAAUCAAUGCAAACUUAGAUCUGCUCUUCUUGUGAUUAAAAAAACAAACCUGGCUUUUAUUGAAAAAUGAGAGAAAAAGGAAAAUAAGUGUUUAUAUCUGAGCAGCUAAGGGAGUAUCGGAGACCUUCUCCUGUUCUUGUGUCCUUUUAUUUAAAAAAAAAGUUUUCGGUGGAGCAUCCAGUUUACACGACGGCCUCCUGAGCUCACAGGAGGUCAAAAGACAACGUUUAAUUCAUAAAAAAUAUACCUCAUCCAAACGCGACGUUUCAUUCUUCACCAGCAGAAAGGUUCUAAAAGCUUCUCUCAGUUUAAGCUUUAAAAGAGAGAUUCAUGGUUAACUGCAUCCGAGAGGGGAUUCAUUUAGAUCGUCUGUAACUGAUUUAAAGUAAAUCAAACUUUCUGAAAUGUCUGAUUGUUUCUUUAACAGUUCACGUUUGAGUCUUAUCAUUUCAUUUUGGUUCUAUCUUUCACUGAACACAUACCAUCGAGGUUUUUCUGCUGCUUUUGCACACAUGCGUUGAAUCAUGGGAACAGGGCCAUAUAGAUUUUGAUGUCACGAUAUAUUAUUGACUGUUUGCUCACAUGAAUGUAUUUUUUAAUGCUUAUAUGUUUUGAACUCACUCUGUGGGGUGUUUUCUUUAAUCAGGGCCAUGUUAUGGUUUAAAUGUAGGGUAUUAUUCUUCCUGAGCGUUCAUGUAGCCUGAUGUCUUCAUGCUUUUGUUUACAGAGUUGAAUUUCAUUCAUUCUCAUACCUUUUAUGCCUUUUUCUCACUAUGUUCCUUUAUCCCAGAGUUUUUUGUUAAUUCUGAUGUUCAUAUUCUGUGUUUUUAUUUGGACACAGCUACUCAAACUACCCGACAAAUUCCCUGAACUUUUGGGUUUUUCAUUUCCAGACGAGGCUGCUCGUGGUUUUUGGGUUGUCAUGAGUGAUUUUCUGCAGCUCAGAAGAGAAACUGCUGUUAAAAAAAAAUGACUGAGUCACAAGUUGUAAAUGUAAAAGUUUAAAAAAGUGUAAAAAGCAUUCCACAAAGUUGAUGAGUUCAUCCUUGUUGUGAGUAAUGGAUGAUCUUUGGGGUUUUCUCUGGUCCUACGUUGUUUUGGAGGGUCUCUCAUCCUGCGGACUGAAUAACAGUUGCCUUUCCUUUUUUUUUUAACCAGCUUGUAUUAAUGUUCUUCUUGAACGGUUCAUGUUUGAUGGACUUUUUCCAAAUAAUAACUGAAGCACAUUAUUAUUAUUGAUAAAGCCAAGGGAAACAUAAAGCCAUUAUGGACGUGUGAGUGACUGAAGGAGGAGCAGAGAGGGGGAUUUCUGAGGACCUGAGCACUCACGUCAGUGAAACCUUCCGAUGGGGAAGUGAUGUUUGUGUGUUUCUGCAGUGUGUUAGCUUUGACCCGGAUCUGUUUGGUUGUGAACCUGCCAACUUUGGGUUAAUGCUCAUGUCUUAAAAGUUGAUGUCAUGCCAUAACUGAUGUUGUGUUUCUCCUAAAAUCAGCAUUUGAGAAUGAUUGGUUUGAGCGAUGCUAGGAGCGUUAAAGUGUGUUUAUAAGGACGACAGACACCGUGAGUAUGGAAGCUGAGAGCUAGGGUUUCUGUUGUGUUUUUUUUGUUUUUUUAUUAUCAUAAAAAAUCUGUUUACAGUUCCUUCAGGGCUUUAAUGUCUCUAUAGGAGAGGAUAGGACAUGGUAGAGUCAGACCUGGGCUGCCUGCCUCGAGGACUGUAGCCUCUGUAGGGAGGCAUGAGGUCCAACCACUAGGUCAUACCGCUACUCCACAUAUCUUUAUGUAAAGAACGUCUCUUUAGGUUUGUUUAGUGUUUUAAUAACUGACUUUAUUCCUAUUUAUGUUGCUUCUUCAAGGCUUCUGUAUAUUUACACCUCAGUAACACCAUGCCUUCAGUGUACAUGUCACAGAGGUGUGAUGGUGAGACCAAGUCGUCCUAUCACCUUGCCAGCAUCAUAAGUAGUACCAGAGGCGUGACACGGUGUCCCUGUAAUGCCGGUGGAGCAGUUGUUUGUGUGUAUGUGAAGCUCCCACUGUCACAUACUGGGGACCUGUUUGCAUAUGAAGAAGGGCAAGCACUAUGCAUAAACGCAAACAGCUGCAGUUUUCAGAUUCUCACCCCAACUUUACCGAGACUUUUUCCCACCAGCCCCCGUGGUGAAACUUCCUUAAGAAGUCAAGUGAGUCGUUAAGAGUGUGAAGGAGCGAAGAGUCAGGAAAGCAGAGUAAGUGGAUGGGGUGACCGUGUCUGCUUAUAGUCAGAUUCUGCGUCACCCGCCAACUUCUGGAAAUUUCAGGGCCAGGCUGUUCUGAUAUUUUCCAGGUAUUUUCAGGAGAGCAUGUGUGAGAAAAGACUAAAGUUACCCUGAAAAUAAUCACCUUCUGGUUCCUUCCUGCGCUGUGCAGCUCUGCCUGCUCUGUCAGCUCAUAGUGAUCCCGUCUGUGACGCCUCUGUUUCUACCUCUGAGGACGACUUGGUCCCACCUCUUCCCCUCUGAGAUGUUCAAAUUGAAGGGGAGACGUUACGGGGGCGUGAAUAUCUCACCUUGAACGGGUUAUAUGAAAAAUGCAAUAGGAUUCAAACCAUUAAUGAAAACGUCUGCUCUCAGCUUCCAUACAUAGGUUCAGCUCUUGAAGGAUAAUGAUCAAGUACUUUGAUGGUCUCUGCUUCGCAGACCUUGCUUUCUUGCAAUCACAAAAUAAUUAUUUUAUGAUGUCAGCAUAACACGAAUUAUCUACAGAUCUUUAAUUAGAAACAUCCAGACACAAGGUGAUCACUGGUUUGUAGAGAUGACGUUACUGUAGUGAACUCUGAUGCUGUUCACUGAGAAAGCCAGCAUGUGUUGUGCUGAGAUCAAAAAUACUCUGUGAUAAAUUAGAGGGUGUGUCAGACAAAAAGCAAAGCAAGUUUUCAUGGAGCGUAAAAACAAGGGAAGUCAUGAGGAUGGACGUGAUCCAGACUUCAUUCAUAAACAAAGUGAUUAAAAGUUAUCCUGAAGUCAGGCUCUUUACAAUCCUCAUCCUGAUGUAGUUAUUCCAGUGUUUGUGGAAAGGUCAACAUUUGGAGAAAUGUUCAACCAAUGCAUACAAACAAACAAUGUAGUGGUUUAACUUGCAUGAGGCUAAAAUUAGCUUUGCUUUCGGUCUGAACGCCUCUUUAUUUUCCGUAAGAUUGUGUCUUUAGGUGACUGAACCAUCAUGCUCCUCUGAUUAGUGUCCUGGAGAAUGUCACUGUCCUUUACAUUUGUGGAGAUUUUUUGAGGAUCUGUGGUUUCCUGAGUGUCAUUCAAAGUUUAUGAUGUCAAUAUUUCAAAACAGAGCUGCUCAAGGUCCUGGAAACAUCACAGGUAGAGUUCUGUUGUGUCAGGUGAAUUUGUGUCAAAAUGUCCAGAAGUGACAAAGACUACUUUGUGCCAACUCAACAUGUACGAAUGCACUUUGAAAAGAUAUUUUUACUUGCAGAGAAUAAAUAAUAAAAGAACUAAUCUGA